UACAUAAACAUGGCGAAAACGCAGGCGGACAAGAUGCUGUCUUCUCUCUGGUAUUCCAUAUGCUUCUCGAUCCUGGCACUUUCCGAGGGAACCCCGCCGGCCCUCCAUCUUCACCAGGAGCGACACUACACCCUUCCGCAGAACAGAGGCUUUUUCACCGUUGAAGCGAAUCUGGGUUUAUUCGCGCGAGAUGGAAGAAGCACCGCGGUUCCAGCGCUGCCUCUGACUGCUCAAGUUGCGUCCGAUUCAGACGCCCAGGGGGAGCAUCGGAGCCGACGGAGCGCUGGCAAGUCGGCCAUGCCAAAGGUUUACGGCCAGGCCAACUUGAAUGACUCUCAUAAUCAGAUGGUGGUACACUGGGCUGGUGAAAAAAGCAACGUCAUUGUAGCCCUAGCCCGAGAUAGCACUGCAGCCACUGGGCCCAAAACCAGUUCUGUCUACGUUUCGUACAACUAUGGGACAACUUUCAUACCUGUGUCGGCCAACUUCCAGCUCUCCGAAGUGAAGGCCAAGAACGGCAGUAAGCAGGUCAUCUCUCAGUUCUACCACAGCCCUGCAGACAACCGCAGGUAUCUGUUUGUGGACUCCACCAACAACUACUUGUGGAGCACAUUUGACUUCUGUAAGACGGUGCAAGGCUUCUCCGUCCCAUUCAGACCCACUGACCUGCUGCUUCAUCCAAGACUCUCCAACCUGCUACUGGGAUACGAUGGCUCCCAUCCCAAAAAACAGCUGUGGAAGUCAGACGACUUUGGGGAGACGUGGGUGUUGAUCCAGGAACACGUGAAGACCUACUUUUGGGGUGUGGAGCCCUACGACCCCUCCACCAUGGUACUGGUCCAGAGACACGAGCCACAAGGUGUUUCCACUGUACUAAGCAGCACCGAUUUCUUCCAGAGCGAAGAGAACCGGAAAGUGAUCCUGGAGCAGGUGGACAGCUUCCAGCUGAGAGACAAGUACAUGUUUGCUACAACCACACGGAGAUUGCUGGGCAGUCAUAACCCAUCAUCUGUUCAGCUCUGGGUCUCCUACAACCGCCAGCCGAUGAAAGCUGCCCAGUUCAUGACCCGGCAUCCAAUCACAGAGUACUACAUUGCGGAUGCAUCGGAGGACCAGGUGUUUGUUUGUGUGAACCACACAAACAAUGCCACACACCUGUACAUCUCAGACACACAGGGGCUGUCCUUCUCUCUGUCACUUGAGAAUGUGCUCUACUACAGUCCUGGGGGCUCAGGCAGCAACACACUUAUUCGGUACUUUGCCAACGAACCGUUUGCAGACCUGCAUCGGGUGGAGGGACUCCGGGGCGUUUUCAUUGCCACGCUCAUCAACGGCUCGGUCAGUGAGGACAACAUGCGCUCGGUCAUCACAUUUGACAAGGGGGGGACGUGGGAGCUGCUGCAGGCACCUGCUGCCGACAGCCUGGGAGGAACAGUGGACUGCCAGUUUCUCCUCCCUCAGCUCAGUAAAGGUUGCUCUCUCCACUUGGCCCAGCGCUGGAGCCAGCUGUUUAACAUCCAGUUGAGGAGGAUGUCCAUUCUAUCCAAAGAGUCGGCUCCAGGUCUUAUCAUGGCCACAGGAUCUAUUGGCAGGAAUCUAGCCAACAAGCCCAAUGUGUACAUAUCAAGCAGUGCUGGAGCCCGGUGGAAAGAGGCUCUGGCAGGCCCUCACUUUUACACUUGGGGGGACCAUGGUGGUAUCCUGAUGGCCAUCAUACAGGGAGGCCCCACCAAACAUCUGAAGUUCAGCACCAACGAAGGUGAGACGUGGAUUGAAUUUAAGUUCUCAGACAAGGAGGUAUAUGUGUACCAGCUGCUGACAGAACCAGGGGAGAAAAGCACCAUCUUCACCAUCUUUGGCUCGUAUGCUGAGCAGAAGCACAGCUGGCUCAUCCUGCAGGUCAACACCUCCAAUGUCCUGGGUGUUCCGUGUUCUGAGGCCGAUUACAAGCACUGGUCUCCAUCAGACGAGCAUGGUAACGAGUGUCUGCUGGGCAGGGAGGUGACCUUCAAGAGAAGAGCGCCUCAUGCCACGUGCUUCAAUGGGGAAGACUUUGACAGGCCUGUUACCAUCUCCAACUGUUCCUGCACCCGCCAGGACUAUGAAUGUGACUAUGGCUUUAAGCUGAGUGAUGACUUGUCUCUUCAAGUGUGUGUACCUGACCCGGAGUUCCUAGGAGACCUCUAUGCUCCUCCAGUUCCUUGUCCCAUUGGUACCAGCUACCACCACAGCAAAGGCUACAGGAAGGUACCGGGAGACAGCUGCAGUGGGGGAGACGUUGAGGCCAGGCUGGAUGGAGAGAUGCUGCCCUGUCCUGUUGGAGAGAGUAAUGAGUUCAUCCUGUAUGCCGUGAGGAACUCCAUCCACCGCUAUGACCUGGCCACUGGCGCCGACCAGCCCCUGCCUCUGGUUGGCCUUAGGGAAGCCGUGGCACUGGACUUUGACUAUGACAGGAACUGCCUGUACUGGGCAGACAUUUCGCUGGACACCAUCCAGCGUCUGUGUUUGAAUGGCAGCACAGGUCAGGAGGUCAUUGUGAGGAAAGAUCUGCAGAAUGUGGAGGCUGUGACCUUUGACCCCAUCAGCAGGCUCCUGUACUGGGUUGAUGCAGGAGCCCAGAAGAUUGAGGUUUCUAAUCCUGACGGAGACCUGCGUCACACUUUGCUUAACUCCUCCGUCCUGGAACACCCGCGAGCUCUGGUCCUGCUGCCUGCAGAAAGUAUGAUGUUCUGGACCGACUGGGGAGACCGAGCAGCCGGCGUCUACCGGGGCUACAUGGAUGGAAGCAAUGUGUCCUGCAUUGUGGCAGAAGGAGUCCGCUGGCCCAAUGGGAUCACCGCAGACGAUCGGUGGUUGUACUGGACCGAGGCAUUCAGCGACCGCAUCGAAAGGGCAGACUUCACCGGGAGACAGAGGAGCAUUCUGAUGGAAGGACUGCCCCAUCCGUACGCCAUUGCUGUCUUCAAGAAUGAUCUGUACUGGGACGACUGGUCAAGAAUGGGAAUCUUCAAAGCUCCAAAAGUUGGAUCUCAGAAAAACGAGCUGAUUGUUGGCAGAUUAACUGGAGUCAUGGACCUCAAGAUUUUCUAUAAGGGGAAGAACAGGGGGCACAAUGCCUGUACCUACCAGCCAUGCAGUUUGCUGUGUCUCCCACAGCCUAGCCACAAACACACUUGUGUUUGUCCGGAGGGUGCACCGACCCUGACCAUACCCAAUGGAGAGCUGCAAUGCCAGUGUCCCCCUGGUUACCAGCUCCAAAACAACACCUGUACCAAAACCGAGCACAGCUGCUUGCCCAAUCAGUACCGCUGUGCUAACGGACGCUGCAUCAGCAGUAUCUGGAAAUGUGACAGCGACAAUGACUGCGGAGACAUGAGCGAUGAGGAGGAGUGUCCCACUACAACUUGUGAUCCAUCCAACCAGUUUCGCUGCAUAGCCUCGGGCUCGUGCAUCCCACUGGCCUUUAAGUGUGACCACGAAGACGAUUGUGGUGACAACAGUGAUGAGGACCACUGUGAGUCUCACCAGUGCGGCCCUGGAGAGUUCAGAUGUGCGCAAGGCGUUUGCAUCCGUGAGGUAUGGCGCUGCGACGGGGACAAUGACUGCAGAGACUGGUCAGAUGAAGCCAACUGCACAGUGGGUCACCAUACGUGUGAACCGAGCAGCUUCCAGUGUCACACAGGUCACUGUAUACCACUGCGUUGGAAGUGUGAUGGAGAUGAUGACUGUCAGGACAACUCGGAUGAAGAUCCUCAGCAUUGUGAGGGAACCCAGUGUAAAGGUUUCUUGUGCUCCAAUGACACCUGCCUGCCAGCCAAAGCUCACUGCAACGGGAACCAUGACUGCCCCGACGGUGCUGAUGAGCUCAACUGUGAUCCCCUUUGUACUCGGUACAUGGAGUUUGUUUGCAAGAACCGUGCCCAGUGCCUGUUUCAGUCUCUGGUGUGUGACGGUAUUAAACACUGUGAGGACGGCUCUGAUGAGGAGGAUGCAUAUGCUGGAUGUGCAGCUACACCAUCUGAGUUUGGCAAAGUGUGUGAUGCCUACACGUUCCAGUGCGCCAACGGAGUGUGUGUGAGCCUCGAAUGGAAAUGUGAUGGCAUGGAUGACUGUGGGGAUUAUUCUGAUGAAGCCAACUGUGCUCACACUCCUGAGGUGCCAGGCUGCUCCAGAUACUUCCAGUUUGAAUGCGAAAACGGGCGCUGCAUCCCUACCUGGUGGAAAUGUGAUGGCGAGAAUGACUGUGGAGAUGGGUCAGAUGAGCCACAAUGUACAGGAGGCAUUCCUCCUCAUGCUGUCACAUUUGGUCCCGUCACAUGUGCGCCUAACCUCUUUCAGUGUGGCUCCGGAGCCUGCAUCAUCAACACCUGGGUCUGCGAUGGCUACGCCGACUGUCCUGAUGGCAGUGAUGAGCUUGGAUGUCCCACAGCAACUAAUAGCUCCAUGGCCCCGGCCCUUCCGUUAUCCCCUGGACGUUGCACUCAGCAUCAGUUCCAAUGUCACCGUCCUCCCCACUGCAUCCAUGAGUGGCUGCGCUGUGACGGACACCCACAUUGUGAGGACAGCUCCGACGAAGCCAACUGCCCCACAUGGCAGUCUCUGCUCUGCACCAACGGGACUCGCUGUUCUGACGGUGAGCUUUGCGUGUUGGAUAGCGAGCGCUGUGACGGCUACCUGGACUGUUCGGACCACAGCGACGAAGAAAACUGCACCAUGGACACACUUGUCUACAAAGUUCAGAAUCUCCAGUGGACCCCAGACUUCUCUGGAGCCAUCACUCUGAUCUGGUCCCGUCCCAAGAACCUCCCCUCAAACUCCUGCUACUUCCUUGUACACUACAGGCUGGUGGGAACGCAGGAGUGGACCAAUAUGGACACCCACAGCAAUAAAACCAGCUAUAAACUGACUGUGCUGAAACCAGACACCACCUACCAGGUGAAGGUUCUCACUCAGUGCUUAAACAAGCUGCACAAGACCAAUGAGGCCAUCACCAUCAGGACACCGGAGGGAUUUCCUGACCCGCCCAGAAAUCUCCAGCUAACUUGUGACAGUAAUGAGGAUGGUACAGUAAAGGUUUCCUGGAGCCCCCCUGACAACAGGCACGGUCUUAUCAGAGAGUACAUUGUUGAUUACAAUGACGACAAGGGACUUGAUUGGACAUCACAAAAAUCCACCAAGAACAUCACUGAGGUGAAAGAGCUGCAGCCUGACAUACUGUACAGAUUCAGGGUGGCUGCAGUGACCAAUCGAGGUGUUGGAAACUGGACUGAGAUUAAAUCCAUCACUCCCCAGAAAGCUCUGCCUCCUCCUGUAGUUAAAGCUACCAAUAUCUCUUCUGACUCCAUGUCAUUCAGCCUCAGCUCCCAGUCUGAAACCAAAUACUACAUUGUAAUCCUGUACUGGCAGUUUGACUCUCAUGUGAAAGAGAGCCACAUGUACAACAUUACCCAGCGAGAGUUUAAAGCCACAAACCUGACAGCGGGGACGGUGUAUGAGGUGGCUGUGUGGGCUCACACCAGUAUAGGAGACAGCCCCACCGCUUUGUCACACUACCAGACCCGUGGCACCCAGCCAGAGCGCCCUCUCCUCAAAGCCAAGGCUCUUAACCAGACAGCGGUGGAAUGCAGCAUCAGCAUUGACUCUGCUCUACUGGUUUAUGGUGUGUUUUAUGCAACCUCUUUCCUGGAUCUGUACCGCAGUCCUCAUCAGGUCCAAAGCACAUCCAUCACCCUCUCAGUGACUGUUGAUAGUGAUGAGCAGUAUCUCUUCCUGGCUCGGGUUGUCGCUCCCUUCCUGGGUCCUCCCUCUGACUAUGCUGUGGUGAAAAUGAUCCCUGACGAGAGGCUGCCUCCACGGAACCUCCAUUGUGUGCGUGUGGACAAGACACAGGCCACGCUGAAAUGGCAGCCACCAUACGACACGCCAGAUGCCCCCCUGACAUACGUGAUUCACGUGAAAGAUGUAAUCCGGAAAGGGGAGAGGGACUACAAGCUGACCACCCAGAACAACACGGUGGAGUACCUGCUAAGAGGCCUGGAAUCGGGAGGAAGGUACAGCGUCUCCGUCCGCCUUCGUAACAUGACCAAGGAGGCCAGCUUCACCCUCAACACAGUUCCUUUGCCUGCUCCAGAAGCCUUUAAAAUUCUGACAGAAAAUGACCAUGUGUUCCUCUUCUGGAAGAGCCUUGCAGUCCGAGAGAAGGGCUUCAAUGAGAGCAGGGGAUAUGAGGUCCAUGUGUUUGACAGUGUGACCAACCAGACAGUUUAUCUGGGAAACACCACAGAGACUUACUUCCGCAUCAACAGUCUUCUGGUGGGGCACAACUACACAUUCUCUGUGCAGGCCAGGUGCCUGCUGGGUGGCCAGCUGUGUGGAGAACCUGCACUCCUCCUUUACAACCAACAGACAGGGAACAGUGAUGAAUCCUACAGUGAGAACCAUUCCAGAGAUAUGGCAUCAGUGGUUGUUCCCGUCCUCUUUCUGCUCGUGGUGGUUGUGGGCAGCGGCCUAGUGGCACUCUACAUACGACACCGCCGGCUGCAGCACCACUUCACUGCCUUUGCCAACUCCCACUACAACUCCCGCCUGGGUUCUGCCAUCUUUUCUUCUGGGGAUGAAUUAGGUGAUGAUGAUGAAGAUGCUCCAAUGAUCAGUGGUUUCUCCGAUGAUGUUCCCAUGGUUAUUGCAUAGCAGUACAUCUCGCUUACUACCCCCUCCGCCCACUCUUCCUGCUCCUCUUGUACCCGCUUCCCCUCCCUGAGCUCCCGGCGCUCCCCAUCAGUGGUGACUGUACAUCAGAGCAUCUGAAUAACGUGGAAACUUACCGCCAUCUCAAAUCCAUCAACGGGAAUCCAUCCACUUGGCAGAAAACGUAAAGAAAAAUGAGAAUAUCUUAAAAAGAUUAAUAUUUUUCAAGGGUACAAUGCACUUUUUUUGGAGGCACAGUAACUUAUUUUUUAUUAUGUUAAAUAUAUAUGUGUAUGAUGUGGGCCCAGAAAAAGGACUUGGAAGAAAAAGUAGAAACAGAAGAAAACCGUUAAUGAUCGGAGUUUGUCUGGGGAAUGAAAGACCCACUCUGGAAAUUAAGCUCUGCACGUUGGAGUGGUUUAUUGCUUAAAGCCAAAAUAAGUAAACUGAUAAUUUAGAAUGUGUGUAUGUAUAUUUAAAAAAAGAACUAGCUUCAGGUCAGUAAAAGGUAGAUGUUUUGUUAGUGCAAUGUGUACUUUUGAAGUAAAUGUACUAUAUAAGCAUGUCCAUGUGAAGCAGCUGGAAGAAUUCACUGUGGAUCAUGUUUCGUAUUUGCAGAAGAAUCUGCCAGUACAACCAAACAUGUCUGUCACUGGACAUAGUGUACAUAGAGAAACACUUUUCCUUUUAAUCACCAGCACACUGUUUUUUGUAGAGUCAAGUACACAGGCAGGUAUUGGAGAAUAAGCCUGACAUUUAGCUUCCAAGCUUUGCCAAGAUCAUCUUAACUAUUUGUAAAUAUUGGCUUUUUAAGAUCAUCUCCUUGUAAUGCUGCACCAUAUGUAUAAUGAUAUAUGUAAAAUGUGUAUUUUGGUUUGAUUUGUUUAUAUUUUUUAUCCUUCAGUAUGACAAAUUAUUGUCCCCGCAUUUUUGCCUUAGCUGUGAUCAUAGAGUGAGUUCAGGGUUCUCAGGGAACUGUGUCAGAGCAGACACCAGCGCAGCAUAAUAGUCAUUAUCACACUGAUCAGUUUUUUAAAGCACUAUGGGUGGCUAAAGCAGGUUUCUGUCACUGAUUAGGUGACAGAGUCAAGACCUUAAAGGGAUCGUUUGAAUCGUGUUCUGUGGAGAGAUUAUGAAUUAUGAGCAGGUAACAUCUUCUCUACAGUAGCUCCUCAAAGCUGCAGUAUAUAACUUUUAUAAACUAUAUAUAAAUAUAUAUAUAAAACGCUAAUGAAGACGGAUAAUCUGUUAAAAAUAAUUGGUCUCCUCUGACACUUCACUGCUCCUACAUUAUGUACGUACAUAAAAGACUGAUUCUCAGCACUAAGACCCUCCUCCUGGCUCUGAUUGGUUCUUUCAGACCAAACUGUUUAUUUAUAGAUGACACUAGGACCACAGGGAACAGGCAGAGGAGUUCUGACCUUUUUUCACAGAUUAUCUGUCUCACACAUUGUGAAACUUUUAACAAGUGUUUAUAAGACAUUUCUAAAAGUUACGUACUGUAGCUUUUAUAAUGCUACAGUACUAACUUAAUGAAUUGGUAUCUGAAACUAAAGGUAACAGUUAGUCUCAAAAAUAUCGUUUAUUAGAUUGAGAAUUCAUUGCACACUUUUAAAACGUCAGAGUAAUAGCCUAAAUAUCAAUAAUAUAGAGUACACCAAACCUGCCAGGUGGUUUUUAACUUUGCUUUUUUACUAGUUAAUUGGACUGGUAUUGAUUUACAUGUUCUUUUCACCCUGGAAGAGGUGGUGUGCUUCUUCCCACCUCAGUACCCUGUGUAAAUAAUCAACAUGUUCAUUGUAAAUAAUAGACUGAUACAAAUAUAAGUUUCAUAGUGCUCAUUUCUAUGAUGUGUGAAGACAGUAGAAAUCCUGCUAUCAGAACCAAGUAACCUGGAUUGAUAAUAAAUGAAAACAGCAAGAGAGUUAUCUAAUGCACAUAAGAUAGUUAUGGCUCACUACCUUCUACCAGCACUUCACCAGAGUUUGGGUAAGAUAUAAGAUGUUCUGACUGUCACUGUGUGCUAAUAUCAAGUUAGAGCAGGACUCGCAUCAAAGUGCAGUGCUGUUAUGUUAAACAUGUCAAGUCUCAGAAAUGGCAUGUUCAUACUAGCUAUUCAUAAGCUGUUCAUACAACACUUAGAUAAACAGUUGAAUGAUCUAUUGUUUACAGGUAUUCUGUUUAAAUCAUUGAGAUCAGAUCGUUCCGCCUAUAUUACCUCAUCUCCACUGAGCAGUAUGGAUCAGUUUGAUGUCUGUUUUCAUUAUAAAAGCAUCCCAUUACCCCACCAUGUACAACAGUACAGUACAGUCAAGUGGAACUGCCAGCUUCCCAUGUCACAGUCCAUUUACUGGAGGACAAAAAAACCAUCAGUGCUUCCACCAACCACGAGACAUACUACUACGUCACAUUUGCUAUCGCACAAUUCUGAUGCAUCAGUAUUGUUUGCUGCUAAACCCAAACAAUACUAGUUGUUUGGGUUUAAGUCUACCUGCCCUACCUUGACAUGACUUGACUAGUCAUGUCAAGUCAACAAUCUGCUGUUGUUGAUUGUUCAGAGAUGGCUUUCCUUUGUCUGUGUAAACAGAAUACCUGUAAACAUGCAGAAUAAGAAGGGGGAAAAAGAAUACACGCCCAUGUUCAUCUCUACCACACCUCCAGCUCCCCCACACUGUUUGUUGAUGUUUGUGUGUUGAAAUUCAUGGUUUUCUUUCAUUCAUGAAGUCUUCAUAAAUGUAUUUUUGAAUGUGUUCUUUCCAAAGUAUCAACCCAGCUCGCUAUGCAGCUGUCUUUGCUUAAAGAAGAAAUAUAGAAGUCGAGCUGAGAGCCUUUAUGUCUACAGAGUAGUCGCUCUGUAAAACUCCAGCUGUAAAUGUAGAAUGUCCAUUCACUAGCUCAGAACCAUUUGGUUUGCCAUAAGCGCUCAGUUGUGACAUUAACCCAGGGUUCCAGCACAGUCUGAAAUUUUAGUUUACCAUUUUCCAGACGUAUGGCAAAAGAGAAUAUGGAAAAAAUAUUUGUCUAAGCUCAUACAAAUGAACAGUCAUUUGUUCUGACAUCUGAUUUUUGUCUGUUCUUCCAUUUCUUACUCCUUUAUGACUGUUCUUCGUUCAUCCCAUUCUUUGUGCUCCUCUUUCACUCUUCUUUUGUUUCAUCCUUGCAUCCUACUUUCAGUGCUUUAUAAACAUUCACCAAAAAUUCAUAAACUUUAUAAACUUUACUAUUUCCGAUUUUCAAAUGAGCAGAAAGGAUUGUGAACAGAGCCUCUCAGUGGAGCUGAUUUUCUUUUUUUAUCGUAACGAUUUCAAUGUCAUUAUAUUAACAAAAAACAUAAUUUCAUCAUGAAGUGAUUUUUUUCACAAUAUAUGGUUGAUGAUGUGUGUAGAAAUAAUUUAUGGACAAAAAGAAAAAUGUAAUUCUCUUGGGGGACCCUCUCGUGACCGCGGUGGGCAGUGGCGUAAAAAGUGGGUGGGCAUUGUAUGCAACGCACAGGGGCGCAGAAACAAUGUGGGAAAUUGUUUUUUUCAGUUAGCAUUUUAUGUCCUUAACAGUUGUUUGUCUAUGAAAUGAUCAAUAACAGGAACAGCACUGAUUAACUGCUCUCCCCUCCCAUACAGAUAGCUUGGGAAACGUCCCUUCAAGAACGUGCUAAGCCGUGUUUUUUUUUUUCCUUUUAAAUUUGAAUUGUAAUAGUAACAAAAGGGAGCUAAAAAUGGGGUGGCAGAAAAAAAUACGUAAGAUAAGUUAUGUUGAAAUACAAAUUUAAAUUAGCACAAUCGUACACAGGCUAACCUUUACGUUAAGACAAACUUAGAUAAAGAUCCAGGCUGGGGCAGCUGGUGAUUCUCUGAAACAUACAUAAAUUUCUAAUCAGAAGACAAAUCUUAUACUCCUUAAGGAGGGUUUUCCAGACAGGGAGCGUAUUAGCUAUCAGGAUAAUAAAUUCUUUACUCAGAGUUCAGGAGUUCAGGCAAACAUAAAAAAAUAUAUAGAAGUCCAUUACAAAAUAUAAUCAAACGUACUAAUAUAUUUCUUUGGGCAUUAAACAGCAUGUUUUGAAUUAGUUAGUUUUAGAUCCAAACUUAUAGUUAGUUUUUAGCAUUAGAUUUUGUUUCAGUAAAACACAAAGACGUUCUAGUUCAAUCACUGAGGCAGAAAACCAAAACAGGCACAGGUCGUAAAUUUUCGCCGAGGGAGGGUUUGCAGGAGACACCUGGUACGCCAAAGACCCAGUUUGACAAUCCAUAUAUCUGCCUUUGGGGCUCUUUAGCGCGAGAUAAUAAAAUUAACAUUAACACAGCCCCCACAAAGGAAAAACACACCUCCUAAUGCAUAUAUUUAAAUUCAGAGAAAGGCACAGUCUUAUAAAAGUUUUCGUUUGCAACAGAGAAUUCGAAUUGCUUUCUGCCCGAGUCCGCGAUUCCCGGAAAAUGCAUUUUCGGUGCUUUCUUUCUUUCAACUCGUGCAGUUAUUUCUGUUUUGUCACGUCUUGGACUUUUUGAUAAUCUGGGUGAGAGGCUUAUUGUAACAUUCUCCAUGCAUUGAUUUUCUCUGGAUAAAGCUCUAGAUAUCUGAA